ACAGAUUUUUCGUUGGAUACGGUGUCGGUGUCUCGUUCGGCACCCAUUUACAAGCUCUCUCUUUCUCUCUCUCGCUCGCUCUUACAGCUUUCAACCAGGUUAAAGUCUGCCACCAAAUCCAGCUUCCCCACUCGUCCAUUAGCUCUUCUUUCCCACCGAUUCUGAAGCCGGAGAAGGUUUGUUAUUGGUUACAUUGCUUCCAGAUCAUCUUUAUCUUCUCCAUUUAGUUCAGGGAGGAAGGUUGCAGGCUUACAGAAAGCGAUCGAUUUUGUGUCAUUUGAAACUCUGUAAACAUCUUUUUUUCGAGAGAGAAAAUCGCAGAGAUCUAAUGGGAGGUAAAGAGAAAUCCAAGGGAUACUGUGGAUGGUUAAUUGCUUUCGUGGUCUUGGGAAUCGUUGUCGCGGUGAUUGUACUUACCGUAAGGCACAAGCAUUCAUCUCAUAAACCGGUGCCUGCUCCUAUUCCCGGUCCUCCGGGAGCCAUCGAGAAGAAAUAUGCAGAUGCCCUUGGAGUCGCAAUGCAGUUCUUCGAUGUUCAAAAAUCUGGCAAGCUGGUAAAUAACAAAAUUUCCUGGAGAGGAGAUUCAGCUCUACAAGAUGGAAAAGAAAAGAAAUUGGAUCUGUCGAAGGGAAUGUAUGAUGCUGGAGAUCACAUGAAGUUUGGUCUUCCAAUGGCUUUCACUGCUACAAUAUUGUCAUGGACCAUUCUUGAGUAUGGAGAUCAAAUGGAUGCAGUGAACCAGCUAGAACCUGCUCAAGACUCUCUUAAGUGGAUCACAGAUUAUCUGAUCAAUGCUCAUCCAUCUCCCAAUGUGCUCUAUAUUCAGGUGGGUGAUCCUGAUAUAGAUCACAAAUGUUGGGAGAGACCUGAAACCAUGGCUGAGAAAAGACCUCUCAUACAGGUGAAUACAUCUUCACCAGGAACAGAAGUUGCAGCAGAAACUGCAGCAGCUUUGGCAUCGUCAUCUCUUGUUUUCAAGUCAAUCGACUCAAAAUAUUCGAGUUUGCUUCUUAAGCAUGCCCAAGAACUCUUUACUUUUGCUGACACUUAUAGGGGUUCAUAUAGUAUCAGCACCCCCCAAGUACAGACUUUCUACAAUUCUACAGGAUAUGAGGAUGAGCUCUUGUGGGCAGCUAGCUGGCUCUAUCAUGCAACUGGAGAUGCAUCGUACCUUAACUACGUCACGGUGCAAAAUGGUGAAAAGUUUGCUAAUUGGUUAAGUCCAACAUUGUUUACAUGGGAUAACAAGCUUGCAGGAACUCAGGUUCUAUUGUCCAGAGUAAGCUUCUUUGGUGCAAAAGAGGUAUCAGAUGAAGAGAACCAGGGCCUCCACAUGUACAGGAAAACUGCUGCUGCUAUUAUGUGUUUUCUUCUUCCAGACUCCCCACGAGCCACACACAGUAGAACAGAUGGUGGCCUCCUAUGGUUUAGUGAAUGGAACUCUUUGCUGCAUCCUGUUGCUUCUGCAUUCCUUGCUGUUAUUUAUAGUGAUUACAUGCUUAUGACCCAGACAGCAAGCAUAACCUGUGGUGGAGAAGCCUUCACACCAGCAGAUCUCCGAAACUUUGCCAUUUCACAGGCUGAUUAUGUCUUGGGAGACAAUCCACUGAAAAUGAGCUAUCUUGUUGGUUAUGGUAGUAAAUACCCAAAAUAUGUACAUCAUAGAGGUGCUUCCAUUCCAGCUGAUGCGGAUACUGGUUGCACUGAUGGGUUUAAGUGGCUUAGCUCCUCCAAACCCAACCCAAAUGUUGCGAUGGGUGGACUUGUCGGUGGACCCUUCUUAAAUGAAACAUAUAUUGAUUCCAGGAACAAUUCAAUGCAAGGGGAGCCAACUACUUACAACAGUGCUCUCAUCGUUGGCCUCCUAUCGGGCUUGGUCACCACAUCCUCUGUCGUCCAGUCUUUCAUGUAAAAGAAGCUGUUAAUUAAUCUCUUAUGUUGUAUGAAAUAUGCAUAAGAUGGAUUGCAUUCGGUUCCUGCCUCAUUAAGUAGCUUUCACAGAGCAGUAUAUUAUACAAGCAAGGACCACGCCAUGUUAGGAGUGUUGAUGUGCUGAGUUAGUGAACAAGAGCUUUGGGGUUUGUUCUUCUACUCAGUACCCACUGGAUCUUGGGCUGUCUAUAUGGUGGGUCAAUCAGGUGGUCUUGAGCAUGAUUUUAAGGCUUAAUAUGGAAACAAUCUGCGCAAUUGGGACUGAUGAUUUAGCUCAGUAGAGUAGACUCCUAAAAUUUGCGCUCAAAAGGGCCCCUGCUGAAAGGCUGAGAAGAUGGUGCAUUCAAUUUCUUCAUUUCUGUCCAGGAUUUCUAAGUAUUUUAUUUGUGAAAGCUAGUGUUGAAUUCUUAGUUUAAUUUGACUGAUGAUAUGGAUUCAUGAGUUAAAGAAGAAAAGUUAUUCUGUUAGUUUUUCUUUUCUUUACUUGUACUUCUAUAAUAAGGUGAGCCUUAAACAAGAUGGAUGUGGAUAUUGUAUGCAUCGUUGAGUAUUGUUUUAUUAAAUUGCAAGAGCAGCCAAUCCAGCUUGUUGGCUAA